AUGGUCGCCCCGACAGACGGCAAAACAUCGCCACUACUCUCGCUUUGCGCCGGAGGCAUAGCCGGCGGCGUUGAAGCCGCCUGUACCUAUCCAUUCGAGUUCGCAAAGACACGCGUCCAGCUCUACGGUCACCAGCAUGGCACACGGAAUCCAUUCGCUGUCGUCCUCCGCGUCGCCCGCGAUGAGGGAAUCCCCGCGCUCUACAAGGGCUGCAGCACUAUGAUCGUUGGCUCCGUCGGCAAAGACGCGGUUCGCUUCCUCGCUUUCGACAGCAUCCGCUCGGUAUUUGAGGACAAGAAGACGCACACGCUCAGCCCGGCGCAGAGCAUAGCUUCGGGCAUGGUUGCUGGAGUCUUGGGUAGCACCGUCAUUGUAACACCCACCGAGCGCAUCAAGACGGCGCUCAUCGACGACGCAAAGACGACGCGGAGAUUCCGCGGCGCGGUGGAUUGCGUCGUGACGCUUACGCGAGAGCAGGGGGUGUUGAAGGCGCUGUGGAGGGGUUACGUCACGACGACGCUGAAGCAAAUCGGGACGACGGGGUUCAGGCUCGGCAGCUAUAGCAUUAUCAAGGAUUUCGAGAGGAGCAGGGGAGUCAGUCCUGAGGGCCCGCUGAUGAGCUUCGCGAAUGGCGCAGUUGCUGGUACAGUAACAACGCUGGCGACACAGCCGUUCGAUACCAUCAAGACCAAAGCACAGCAGGCGAGGGCUGUGGGGACGAUGGAGUCCUUGCGGGCCAUUCUGGCUGAGGAUGGGGUUAAAGGCUUGUGGAGGGGGACGGUCAUGCGGUUGGGGCGAACAGUCAUGGCUGGGGGCAUUUUGUUUACGGCAAAUGAGCAAGCGAUGAAAGGGUUGAAAUACUUGGUUGGAAAAUAA